UGCUGCAACUGUUUUGCGGCAUGCAAGCCCCGCUACAAGAGACUUGUGGACAACAUCUAUCCAGACACAGCUGAGGAGGGUUUGGUGCGAAGCAACAUGGAGAAGUUGACAUUCUAUGCCGUGUCUCACAAUGAGAAACUUGAUCGCAUCGGUAGCUACCUUGCACAGAGGUUAGACAGGGAUGUGUACAGACAACGCAUAGGGUAUGUGUUGAUUUCCAUGCAAGCUUUAGACCAGCUUCUAUUGGCGUGCCAUGCACAGAGUCUGAAUCUCUUUGUAGAAAGCUUCUUGAAAAUGGUCCACAAACUACUGGAAUCUAACAACAUAGAGCUACAGGUUUAUGGUACACAAUCUUUUGUGAAGUUUGCUAACAUUGAGGAGGAUACACCGUCUUACCAUCGACGAUAUGAUUUCUUCAUCUCCAAGUUCAGCUCUAUGUGUCAUAAUAACAACGAGAAUAUGAGUGUCCGGAGAAAAAUUCGGAUCGCUGGACUGAAGGGGAUCCAGGGCGUGAUCAGGAAGACCGUUAGCGAUGAGCUCCAGGUGAAGAUAUGGGAGAAACAACACAUGGAGAAGAUUGUUCCGUCACUCCUGUUCAAUAUGCAUGAGGGCUUUGAAAGGUACAAGGAACUUGCAUGCCAACAAACAACUAAUGACCCAAGUCAUGAGUCACCUGUAUCGGACAACGUAGAAGAGAGACCCGCUGCCCUUGCUGAGACUUGCCUGAGGAAUGUCAUGUGUAGCGCCGCGUACAACAACAUCCAUUCUGUGCUCAAACCUGUCCUCAGACAUCUUGACCUUCAUGAGAUCUGGCUACCCACCGACUUUGCAGUGAAGGUCUUCAAGGUCAUCAUGUAUUCCAUGCAGUCCCAGUAUCUGUAUGUGGCACCUCAUUAUCUUCUGCUCCAUUUGGAUGAGAACAUGAAUAAUUCUCCUCGCAUCAAGCGUAGCAUCGUAGAGGUUCUCAAAGAGACGGUUGCCAUAGCAGCCGAUGGAGCAGUAGGGACAUCCGUGCUGGAAGUGUUCAACACCCUUCUUCGUCAUUUGAGAUCAUCAGUGGAUAAGAGACUCUCCGGCCACACCCCGUCACCGAAGCCAAAUAGACAGGCCAAACAAGAUGUUGAUGAGAGACAAGAAGCUCUCUUUGAAGAAGCGAUCAUUGAUACAAUAGGUGCAUUUGCCAGUGUCUUGCCUGACUAUCAGAAGAUAGAGAUUAUGAUGUUUAUCAUGGGGAAGAUCCCCCUCCCAAGACCUACCGGUAGCCAAGAACAUCUUGGUAGAGAUUCAGCUAUCUACUCCAAGGGUGAAGGUGACAUCUUACUGCAGAGUAUUCUAUUGAAGAGUUUAUUGGAGGUUGGUACAAAGUAUGUGACCGUUUCCAUGGCAUCAACCUUCCCAGCAUCCUUUAUGCAGCCGUUACUUAACAUGUCUGUUGUUCAAGACCCUGACAUUCGCUACACUGUGCAGGAAAUUCUCCAAACAUUGAUCGAUCGCCAUGACAACACCAACAAAUUGAGGAGGAAUAUUGCCAUUCCUAGAAACAUCUCUGAGCUGAAUCUGAGAGUAGAGAAGCCAUCCAGACAAGAUAUAUCUUUCCUCAGAAAGAAUGGAGCAGACAUUCAAUGGCACAUCUAUGAGAAUCUGCGAUGCAGUGCGAAUAAAUCAGAGAACUACGUUGGUAUCUUCACCACCCUGGCUCUACUGUGUGUUGAGUUCGGAACAGAUGACAUCCUGGUCGACCUCGUCAAGGUUUCCCUAGCAUUACAGGACAUGGUUUGUGAUAAUGACUGUAAGCUUGGACCAAUCCAUCGAUGUGCAGUCCAUGCUCUAGUAGCAAGAUACUUGAACCUUAUCAGUCAACUCACUGCUAUACCAGCACUUGGGCAGCAUGUAUGGUCGGUGAUUGAUACAAGGCAGAAGACAGCCCCUUAUCUUCUUCCUCCAUUUAAUGUGGAAAAUAAUCAGAGGAAACUUCCAUCUCAGCCUUUACCAGCGAGUGUCCUCUUCCAGAAGGAUGCCAUCAGUGAUGGAUUAAGAAGCAGUGGACAUGACAUCUCUCGUCUGAACACUCCAUUCAUUCAUGAACCUUCAGUUGAGUAUCGUCCCAGGAGCGGAGCCGAUGUAGGGUCUGUUAACAUUGAACUGGAAUCAGCUCAGUCUUCCCCAACAGGGAUUAGGAAACAUCCUCAAGAGCUUGUGACCUUUGAGUCUUUGAAGAAGGUCUUGACGCCAAUGACUGUCGUAGAUGGAAACACCGUGGAAGAGGAGAGAGAGAAAAGACUUGCUAUCCUCAUCAUGUUUCAGAAUUCAUCUCUUGAUCAACUCGCAGCUUCUGCAGAACAGAGGAGUGAGAAGUGGUACAAGAAGCUAAAUGACAUUCUCGAUACCGUGGUGAAGACCCCGGUGUCUCCAGCUGGCAGUCCCGUCAAAGCCGACCCAUCAACACCAGCCGUCUUCCACUCGGUACCAACGUAUGACAUGAAAUUCCCAGAGCUAUGUGUCUACUAAAGUCAUCUUGUUUGUAACCUGCUCAUAACUUCAUGAAUUAGUUAAAUAAACACUCCCCAGAGCUUCAUCGUUAAUAUAACUACAGGGGGGUGUUUCACAAAGCUUAAAUUAUGAAUUAGAGUCGCACUUAAUUGCCUAGUUGCGUAUGGUAUAGAAGACAUCACCUCAUUGGUCAGAUCAUGCGCACAGGACGCACACUGCCGCUUAUCCAUCAAUCAGACUGGUUAGUUUCACUUCAAAGAUGAUAUUAGCCAUGGUGAAGUGGUUUUGACUCUCGCCUUGUAAUCAAAUCAUAGGGUCGUCUGUUCAAAUCCCACCGCAGCCUAGCUUCCUGUGGCAUUUAUGCAAGGCGUUAAUCCACGCUGCCACUCUCCACCCCGGUGCUAAAUGAGUACCAGGUAGGAUGCAAAGUCAUUGAAGCUUGUCCAGCAGUGUGUGUGUGCCCUCAUUAGCGACUGGCUAGAAUACUCCCCAGGGAGGGGAGAAUGUGCAUACAUUGUGUUCGGGAAUGACUUAUUGAAUCCGAUGACCGGGGUAAUAAUAAAUCUGUAAGCGCUUAGGUAUGUACUAAUGUAUGUCUGUGCAUUAUAAAUAAGCAGAUUAUUAUUAUUGCCUACACACGUUUUGCAAAUUCUAGUCAGAAAAAAAAGGUUGUUUAUGUGCUUUUUCAAAGAUGAUGAAAAAUACUUCACUUACAAUGAGACUAUCAUACAAAAUAUCUAAAAUGAAAACUUACAAAUACAAUCCGAAUUCGACAAGAGAAAAUAGUCCUUUUUUUUUAUGAAAUAAAAAGAUACUUUCUGUAGUACUUGUAUACUUUGUGAUUUUUUACAGAUUCCUCUGUAAACAAUAUUUUCAUUCUGAAAACUUUAGGUUAUUCACUGCAGUGCUGAUUCUCUGCUGUUUGUAACUGACAACUUUUUAUUUUGUAUACAUUUUAUAGCUACCUUUAUCCCACUAUUUGGUUUGUGUGCUGUUUUAUUUUGUGCCUUUUUUUUUAAAUUUUAUCUCUACUUCCAAUCCCACUCGGAGGGGGAAGGGCAAAAACAUUUCCCCCUUGACAUUUUCCAUGAUAAAUCUGUAAGGCAAAAAGAUCGCGCCAUGACAUUUCAUCACUUUCAUGACUUUUAAGAUAAAAUUCGUGACGCGGGGGUACGCGGUUCCAAAGUUACGCAACAUUAUGAAAGUGCAUGUCAAGACCCAAAAUUGCUCAAAAACUCAUUUCAUGUACAAAUCCAAUGCAAAUUAUGUAUGUUGCCAAAUUUCAUAAAUGUAUCAUUAUUUUAAUUUUUACUGAUUAAAAGCAAUAGAUUUUCAUGUAAUUUAUGACUGAAAUGUUGUUUGCCGAUGAUUUCCACCGAAAAAAACACUGAAAAACAUAAAGUCGAAAAUACCUCUUUUGAAAUUGAAACUCUUUCGAGAAUACUGCCCAAUGAGUGUAUCAAGCCAGAUUUUUCUCAUAACUGUUCCCCAAUAUACCUCUUUUCUUCAUUCCAUACUUCCUAUUGUUGUGAUAUGUUAUGGUAUCUCCACUUGUACAACUCUGUGUACUGGUUGUUAAAAUCUUAUUAGAUUGUAUCAAAUACAUUCAUCUAAGUUAUUAUGAAACAUGUUUGUACAACUACUCGUGGAUUAGAAGUAUUCUGUUAAUUGGUACAUACAGUGUAUGACAUAAGUGUGAAGAAAAAAAAUAAACAAUCCCAUGACAUUUACAUUAAUGAAUUAAAAUAAUCAUGCUUUAUGUACAUCUGUAUUUCUGAGUGGAAGAUAUGUUUGAAGUAGCAUUGCAAUAAUGCCCCUUUUGAUGUGUCGGAUAUUGUUAACUUUGAUGUUUCUGUAUAUAUAGAAAAAGAAAUACUAAGAUUGAUAUACACUUAUUUCUAGAGAUUGACCAACGAUAUAUAUUUAUUAACUUGCAUCCAGCAUAUAGAAAAUUAAUGAUGUAUAUAUAUUUAUUGUCAUUAUAUAUAAUGUUUUUUGUCUCAUGUUUUGUGAAACGAGAUACCAAUUACAUGUUCAAAGUGAAAGUAUAAAGUUAUUAAGUAUAUCCUUUGUGAAACACUCGAAGAGCUUACAUUUGGAGAAAUACAAUAGUGAGAAAAAUGAUGACUAUUAAUUUUUGUUACAAAUUGGUUGUUAGUCUGUGUAUGUUUUUCUUUUUUAUUUUAGAUAAGAUGAAAACAUAGACUGCUUUUCAUUUUUACAGUAUCUUCCAUUUUUAUCUGUGACAAACAUUUUGCAAUGUACAUGUAGAAUGGCAUGUGAAUGUUUAAAAGCCACUGCACAUUUUAUUGAGUAAUAGGAACUUCUUGAUUUCAGGAAAUAGUAGGAGGUAUGAGCAUAUAGUGAGCUUUGCUUGUUAAUAAAUUUCAGAGCUUAUAAAGAGAUGCAAUAAACAAAUUGUUUUAUAAAGGUCAAGUCCACCCAGAAAAAUCAAACGAGCAUAAUGCAGAACAUUUCAUCAAAAUUGGAUGUAAAACAAGAAAACUAUGAUAUUUUUAAGUUUCACUUAUUUUUUAACGAAACAGUGAUAAGCACAAUUCAGUGACAUGCAAAUGAGACAGUCGAUGAUGUCCUUCUCUCACUAUUUCUUUUAUUUUUUAUUGUUUGAAUUAUACAAUAAUUCAUUUUUUACAGAUUUGACAAUAAGGACCAACUUGACUGAACCAUAUACUAGUAGUAUUAAACAGUGCUAAUUCCACAUGUUCAGAGAGGAAUUAAUCCUUUCACUUGACAUUGAGGAAAAAAUUAUAAUAUUUCAUAUAAUAAAAUACAAAAGAAAUAGUGAGUGGAUGACAUCAUCAGUCUCAUUUGCAUACCGACCAGGAUGUGCAUAUAACUGUUUUGUGAAAUUAAGCAAAACUUAUCUUACAUCCGUUUUUGAUAAAAUUUUCAGUGUCAUGCUUGUUGGAUUUUUAUCUUUUUAUUCAAAUCAUCUUUUUGUUGGGGUGGACUUGUCCUUAAAGAUUGAUCUUAAAAUCUCAUUCCCCUCCGAUUUACAUUUGAGGUGUCUUUAUUGAUAAUCAAACAAGCCCAGAUUUUGCAUACCAUUGGAUCACAUUCACAUCAUUCAUAGUGUUGUGGUAUGUCAUGAACCAUUCCAACUUUUAUAGCGAGAUAAACCUACAUUUAUAUUAUUGUUAUGUUUGUGUAAGUUAAUUAACACGCUACUUCGUACAAUGUUCUGACAUUAAAAAUGUGCAAUAAACAUAUCAAAACAUUG